UUGUGACUUCACCCAAGGCCAUUGAGACAGUCAUUGAUAUAUGCACGCAACAUAAAUGCUAGUCAGCAUUGUCGCAAUCUUGACAUACGUUUCAUUGCGUGUACUGCAGCCAACAUGAAGUGUUUCAGCUUUCAUUGUGGAGUGUGACUAUUGAUCUCUGCGAAAUUUUAAUUUCUUUCCGCUUUAGCAAAAAGCGAGUGUCGCACUAUGUCAUUAUGUACUUGGUCUACAAUUGAUAGAAUACGUAUAAAUUAGUACAACUCAUUUUGCUUUGAAACAGAAUGAUAACACAAGUGACCUGAGCACUGUGGAAUAUUCGGGUUUGAGCGCAAUAAAGAUUUUCAUCAUACCAUUUGAACUAAUGCGAUGAACAAAGAUGGCAAACCCUCUAAAUAACGACUUCAAGUGUGUAGAGUGAUAAAAGGAAUAAAACGCAAAUAGACUCAACACUCUAUUACACUUAUACAAUUCAAGUUAUUUUCAACUUAGUCUCUAUAAUGUUCAGAAAACGAUUUAUCAUUGCAUGCCAUAGUUCGGCUGUUUUGCUUAUCAAACAGACAAUCGUUUGUCACCUUUUAUGUGUCUGUAGCGGAUACUUACAUUAUAUUGACAUUAAAUUAAGCAAGUAACAGGUACUUACCAGUUGGCGUCCGUAUGACAGGCAUUAAGCACGAACGAAGAUAGCACUGUAACCAAAAUUCCUGCACGAAACAGAACGUCUGUAGACGAUGGGGCUGCUUACCGAAGGAAGCCCGUUGAGCUGGGAGGAGACGAAGGCACUAUCACAGCAUGUACGCGAGCAUGGAAUUGAACAAUUCAUCAACCUGUACGCACGGCUCAAGGAUCGCCAGGAUGACUGUCUCAAGUGGGGUGACGAGGUAGAAUACGUUAUCGUGCGGUUCGAUGAUGAAAAACGGAACACGCAAGUGUCGCUCCGAGCGCGCGAAAUGCUGGCCGUACUUAACGAGAAGGAAGCUGCAGAUCCGAAAGGCGUAAAAUCGCUUUGGCGACCGGAGUACGGUGCGUACAUGAUCGAAGGCACUCCUGGUAAACCGUACGGUGGUCUACUGGCUCACUUCAACGUGGUCGAAGCUAACAUGCGCUAUCGUCGCACGGAAGUUACGGAAAUGCUACCCCCCGGCGAACAUGUUAUGUCAAUCACAAACUUUCCUCGGCUGGGCUGUCCAGACUUCACAUAUCCGCCGGCUAAACCGACACCUGAAGAUGAAACCAGCUCUGCCCGAUCGCUCUUUUUCCCCGAUGAAGCCAUUUUCCCAGGCCAUCCCCGGUUUAAGACGCUAACUCGAAACAUUCGCCAGCGGCGAGGCGAAAAGGUUUCCAUUAAUUUACCUAUUUAUCGUGAUAAAAAAACGGUAAUCCCCGUUGAGGGCAGCUUGCCAGAUAAACCGGACUUUGUGCACAUGGAUGCGAUGGGUUUCGGAAUGGGUUGCUGCUGCUUGCAGGUAACAUUCCAGGCUUGUAACAUUACCGAAGCACGAACUUUGUACGAUCAACUGACUCCGAUAUGUCCAAUCAUGCUUGCCCUGACGGCGGCCAGUCCAGCUUACCGCGGAUAUCUAACCGAUGUGGAUUGUCGCUGGAAUGUUAUUUCCGCCUCCGUCGACUGUCGUACCAAGGAGGAGCGAGGUGAAUUACCUCUGAAGAAUGAUAGAUUCCGAAUCAACAAAUCACGGUACGAUUCGAUUGACUCCUAUCUGUCACCGGCUGGAGAAAAAUACAACGAUGUUCCUUUGGUGCUAGAUGAAGCCAUGUACAAACGGCUGCGCGAUGGAGACAUUGAUCACCUGCUAGCUCAGCACAUUGCUCAUCUUUUUAUUCGCGACUCAGUUUCAUUGUUCAGUGAAAAGGUCCACCAAAACGACAAAGAAGACUCAGAUCAUUUUGAGAACAUUCAAUCUACCAACUGGCAGACAAUGCGCUUCAAACCGCCUCCACCGAACUCACCGAUUGGCUGGCGCGUUGAGUUCCGUCCUUGCGAGGCACAGUUGACAGACUUUGAAAAUGCUUCAAUCGUGUGCUUUGUUGUCCUGUUGACCAGAGUGAUCCUAUCCUAUCAGCUAGAUUUUCUCAUCCCAAUCAGCAAGGUGGACGAAAAUAUGCAAAAUUCACAAAAACGUGGAGCUGUAUUGACGGAAAAGUUCUGGUUCAAAAAGAACAUUGCCGGUUUCUCGAGCACCACAACGACGAACAACGAAACGGGAACGGCAAACGAAAGUAAUAGUCACAACAAUGUGGAAAACUCGGACGAUAAGAACAGCACCGACGACGAAUACGAGUUGAUGACGAUUGAUCAGAUCAUCAACGGAAAGGGAUGCUUUCCCGGAUUGGUACCUCUGAUCAACAGCUACCUCGGUUCGAUGGAUGUUGACGCCGAUACACAUUGCACCAUCCAGCAGUACCUAAAAUUGAUUCAGAAGCGGGCGUCCGGAGAGCUGCUGACAACAGCCUCCUGGAUCAGGAAGCAAAUUACGGAACAUGAAGAGUACAAACACGAUUCGGUGGUGAGUGAACACAUCUGUUACGAUUUGCUGAGAAAGGCUAAGGACAUUCAGGACGGGAUCAUACCCUGUCCAGAGCUGCUCGGCACCAACAUCAACUCGAAGACGACCGACCAAAUUCCGGCAGCGAUCGCAAAGCAUCUUACCAAGAAAUGCUGAAGCAAAAGAAAAAAGCAGUGUGAUGGGCGUUAUGCAUUUAAUUUUUUAUUAUUCUGGAGAGAAUCUUUUUUGGCUAGCAAAAAAAGGGCUGAUGAAUCAACGUAAAAUGCGGGUAAAGAUGUUUUUUUGAUUCAUUUAAAAGUAGUUUCGAUCGAUCAAAUAUAUGAGAAAGGCAAAAAGCACAGUCGUAAUGACUUUUCCUGCAACUGUGCGCGAUCAGUCAGUGUUUUAAUGUUUUCUAUGCGCGACUUUUUUCGCUAGGUUUGUUGUUUCUUAUAUACAUUUUUGAUAUAAUGCUGUGUAUUUCUAGGAGUUAUGAUCAAUUUUCAAGUAGAUUCGUAUCCUUAUUAUCAGUAGUCCGGGCACCGAGUGUUUAGCACCAGAAAGAUCAAAUUAUACAUUUUUAAAUGUUUGGCUUAGCCAAAAUGUUUAUUUUGUUUUCGAUAGAGUCAAGUCAGUGAUUUUGCUCAGUAUACUCUUGUGAGCCAAGAAUAACUAUAGUAUUCCAGAGUAAUAUUAUACGUAGGCAGUAGAUGUUGUUUAUGUAUAUGAACUAUAAUUCAAAAAUAAAACAUUUCAGUUCGACAUCCAA